UUGAUGUUUCUGGGGAGGGGCCGUUACUCCUCCACUUCUGGGAGACCCUGGCUCUUCUGCAGGUGACCAGGAGUUCAGUGGCCUGUGCCCACUUCCUAGACCAGUGGAUGGAGGGUGUGAGGAAAGCCUGGCCUUCUCAAUGAAGGCAAUGUGUUUGUUAAGAGGAAGGUUGCUAUAACCAGUAGGGGAAAGCAACCAGCAUGCAAAGGGAAGGCAGUGAGCAGAGACCGAGCCCCAGGGACCAGGAACCGGGGAGGUAGGCACUGUUCCUCUCAGCUGCCCUUGCUAGGCUGAGGGCCAGAGUCAGGACACUCUCAAAGCACACCCCCUAAUGAACCAGUUCUUGCUGGUGGAAGGUUCUUUGGAACAGGGCAUGUGCCCAAUGGCCAAGUCCAUGGGCUUCCCGCCAACUAACCCAGAAACAGAGGAGAAUUGGUACAGUCCUUCCGACCCAGCCAGCCACUGCCUCUCUAUAGCACCUGGCAGUGAUUUGCAGAUGCUCAAAUGGUAUUGGCCUAUAUGCCCACCAUCAUCCUCUCGUGAAGGACUAGUGGAGGGAAGACCCUGGCAGAGGACACGGGUGAGGGACGUGGACAUGAGGUCCAUGUGCUGGGUGAGUGUUGUACAUAGAACUAUCUUCAAAGCAAACCAGCCACCGUCUGACUUGCAAAAGAUGAUCCCAGCUGGGGUCGUUGACUCUUUACAUCCCCUCGUAGGGGGGCAGGAAUGAUUACAAGAGGGUCACCUGAGCAUCUAGUGUCUCCCUGCCACCUCUUGCAUGCCAUUCUACUCUAAUUGCAUGCGGUCUCGAGAAAGGGCUAAAGUAUACAGGACAGGGAAGACUAGGGGAGGCUUCAUCUGUGAAGCUGUGGGAAAAUCAACGACCCUGCUGGCUAACGACUCUGGUGUGGCCUUUUGAGGGCAGCCCUCACACCCCUGUAAAUAACUCCUCGCCUGUGCUCUGUAAGAAAACCCAAUUGCUUCCCCAGAUGAACUCUGGUGGCACUGUGCCUGCUUGUUGUUGAGUCCUUCGGAGAAAUAGACAUGAUUUACCUUCCACAUCCCUCUUCCAGGAAGGAACUGUAGCAACAAUAAGAGCAAACCAUGGAUAAGGGACUCAGUGACACCGUGGCCUGUAGACAGGGUGCAGAGAACAGCCGCGCCCCUUCCCCGCGGAGCUAUGGGGUUCUUUCUGCGUGGCUCCAGCUCCUGCAAGCCUGCUGAUGUCUUCUGUUUUUACAUGCUUUGCAAGUUCAUGAAAUUGUACGUUCCAACAUCCUCCCUCCACGGGUAAAUGGACUGAGGUCUUCUUGUCAGGAAGCGUUUGUCUGAGUGAUGAAAUCUCCAUGGUUAAGCACACGCAGUCCAUAUCAAUGUGGCGCUGCUCAGCGGUUGUCCCUUGAACGUCACGCAGGCAGGUGCAGACAGAUGACACACUCCGAAGACCUUCCCCAGAUCUCUGUGGUCUUCAUCUUCGUCAACGAGGCACUUUCCGUGAUCCUGCGCUCUGUACACAGCGUGGUCAACCACACACCCUCCCAGCUCCUGAAGGAAGUCAUCUUGGUGGAUGAUAAUAGUGACAACGUGGAACUCAAGUUCAACCUGGACCAGUACGUUCACAAAAGGUACCCAGGCCUCGUGAAGGUUGUUCGCAACAGCCGUCGGGAAGGUCUGAUCCGUGCCCGGCUGCAGGGCUGGAAGGUGGCCACGGCGCCCAUCGUCGGCUUCUUUGAUGCCCACGUGGAGUUCAACAUUGGCUGUGCCUUCCGCAGGGCCGAGCCCGCCCUUGCACGGAUCCGGGAGGACCGCCGGCGCAUCAUCCUGCCAGCCAUCGACAACAUCAAGUACAGCACGUUUGAGGUACAGCAGUACGCCAGCGCUGCCCAUGGCUACAACUGGGGCCUGUGGUGCAUGUACAUCAUCCCUCCGCAGGACUGGCUGGACCGCGGUGAUGAGUCCGCACCCAUCAGGACACCUGCCAUGAUUGGCUGCUCAUUUGUGGUGGACCGGGAGUACUUUGGGGACAUUGGCCUGCUGGACCCAGGCAUGGAGGUGUACGGCGCCGAGAACAUUGAAUUGGGAAUGCGGGUGUGGCAGUGUGGCGGCAGCAUGGAGGUACUCCCCUGCUCCCGAGUGGCCCACAUUGAGCGCACCAAGAAGCCAUACAACAACGACAUUGACUACUAUGCCAAGCGUAAUGCGCUGAGGGCGGCCGAGGUGUGGAUGGACGAUUUCAAGUCCCACGUGUACAUGGCCUGGAAUAUUCCUAUGACGAACCCAGGAGUGGACUUUGGCGAUGUGUCUGAGAGGCUGGCCCUGCGCCAGAAGUUAAAAUGCCGCAGCUUUAAAUGGUACCUGGAGAACGUGUACCCUGAGAUGAGGGUCUACAACAACACCCUCACGUACGGAGAGGUGAGAAACAGCAAAGCCAGUGGCUAUUGCUUGGACCAGGGGGCAGAAGACGAUGACCGGGCCAUCCUCUACCCCUGCCAUGGCAUGUCCUCACAGCUGGUGCGCUACAGUGCCGACGGGCUCCUGCAGCUGGGCCCCCUGGGCUCUACCGCCUUUCUGCCGGACUCCAAGUGUCUGGUAGACGACGGCCGGGGGCGCAUGCCGGCCCUGAAGAAGUGUGAGGAUGUAGCCAGGCCCACACAGAGGCUGUGGGACUUCACCCAGAGUGGCCCCAUCGUGAGCCGAGACACGGGCCGGUGUCUGGAGGUAGAGAUGUCUAAAGAUGCCAACUUUGGGCUGCGGUUGGUGGUGCAGCGCUGCUCGGGACAGAAGUGGAUGAUCCGAAACUGGAUCAAACACACCAAGCACUGACCUCUGCCCCACCCCACCUCCGCACACUCGGGCCCUUGGACUCUUGAGUAUUCCAGCACUCAGAAGAUCCUGGACUGGAGCCAGGAUGGGAACUUCUCGCCCAACCCCACAGACCCAGAGCAACGUGGGCCCUGCACACCUCAGGGCUGGGCCCUGUCACCUGGGACAGCAGAGGAGGCCUGGGAGCAGCAGCUUCAGUCUGUGUUAGGAACCAGACUUUCCUGGAACAGGCAGCUCUGCCUGAGGGAGGACAUCUGAGGACAGCGCACACCCAUGCCAAAUCACGUGCCUUUUCUACAGUGUUCCCCAACUGACUUCGAGGACAGCCUCCACGCAUGUGCUAAGUCCCUGUACAUAACCCACACGGAAAGAAACUCAGCUAUUCAGUGCUGAGGACAGGUGCAUCCUCACUCCAAGCACCCUGUCGUCCUAGCAGGUUCAGGCCUCCCAGCCCAGCUGCCCCUUGCUCACCCGUUCAACCUCACCAUAAUGGAAGGCAAACUCAGAGGUGGCCCCUUGUGCUCUGGUAACAAAGCAAUGGGAAGAGAUCACAUGGAUAGACAGACCUAAGUGAACAACACCUCUUCCUGAGGACCAGCUUGGCAGUCGUGGGGCAUGAGACUCAGCCUGGGAAGUGAGUCUCUUGUUGUUCUGCCAUUCCUGCAGUGGGCAUCAUCAAAUGAUCCCUCCGGCCCCUCACUUGUUUUAUAAAUAAAGUUUUAUUGGCACACA